AUGACUGGUUCGUUCAGUCAUAUGCUACUUAUGCGGGCCUACACUCCGUCUCAGUCCACUUGGAAGGAAGUUGAUUACUACGGUCCCACGUGUCUUGGUGACCUUGGUGUCACGACACAUACAGCAAGUACCAUCCACCAGGUCUUGAAGCCACAGUCGGUUUUUGUGGCCAAACGCUGUGAUGCGAGUCCAAUGAAAGAUUAG